AUGGCUGCGCUUCCUCGGGAGGGCGAGUUGGACGCCGGUGCCCUCCUCCCUGAUGCUAGCUGCCUUGGGAAGGAGAGUAGGACGCCGAACUCGUCCCCUACGCCACCAGCUAACUCGGGAGGUAGAGAAGAAUGCGCCGCCCGCACCAGAGCGGACAGGGAGGGAGCAGAGAGGGAGGGAGAAGAGGGCGCCCAUGGCUGCGCUUCCUCAAGAGGGCGAGUUGGACUCUGGCGCCCUCCUCCCCACCGCGCGUCGCCUAAAGCCGCCCGCAGCCCAUGGCCGCUCGCGGCCCACCGCCACCGGCCGCGCGUGGCCGCGCCGUCGCCCGCCUGCCCGCGCGUCGCCCGCCCGGCGUCGCCGCGCCGCCCACAGCCCUUCCACCCGCACGUCGCCGCGCCGCCCGCGAGCGGUCGCCCCAUGGAGCUGGGUGACGGGGAGAAGAUAAAUCCAUCGGUUUUAGAGGAAGAACAGAAGCCGGCCUAUGGGGAGGGGAUCUGA